AUGCGACUGACCAAACCAACUCUGAGUUCUUCCUCAUCUUCCCUCCUUCAAUGCGACCCCAGAGAUAUGCCCAACAACUCCUUCGAGAUAAACGCUAAAUUGGAGACAGAUGUUCUCCCAAACUUCAACAACAUCUCCCUGGGUAGAUGCAUCAUUUUGCCACAAAAUUUUGGAAAUAUAUUUUUAGGUGAGACAUUCACCAGCUACAUUAGUGUAAAUAAUGAAAGUGAUCAGAUAUGCACAGACGUUCAAAUCAAGGCUGAGUUGCAAACAAGUUCGCAACGACUUGUGUUGAAUGUCCCCGGUCAAACGAGGUCAGAACUUCAGCCCGGUUCCAGCAUCGACGAGAUCAUUCAACAUGAAGUCAAGGAACUGGGUACACAUAUACUUGUUUGUGCAGUGAACUACAACACACCUCAUGUUGAAAAGAUGCACUUUAGAAAAUUCUUCAAAUUCCAUGUUUUGAAACCCCUAGAUGUGAAAACAAAAUUUUACUCGGUUGAGUCCGAUGAAAUUUUCUUGGAGGCCCAACUGCAGAAUAUAACACCUAACCCAAUGUUUCUUGAAAGGGUGUCUUUGGAACCUUCCAGCCCAUACAAAGUUGAAUCACUCAAUGAUGUGCAUACCGUGACUGGUUCUAACCAGACCAUCUUCGACCCUGUCGUCUUCAUCAACAGCCAGGAUACAAGGCAGUAUCUCUACAAGCUAACCAUGCAAAGACAACCAGCAACAACGACAUCCAACAACAACAACAACACUUAUGGACUUUUCAACAUUGGAAAACUUGACAUUGUUUGGAAAUCAAACAUGGGUGAACGGGGUAGAUUACAGACCAGCCAAUUGCAAAGAGUUGCCCCAGGUACAGGUGACCUUAAGGUCAAAGUCAUAAGGUCACCUGCAGAGGUCAUGGUAGGGGUCAUUUAUUCUGUGGCCGUUUCUAUUACUAAUUGCUGUGAACGACCAAUGGAUCUAGUAGUAUCAUUACACAGCAAUCACAGGCAAGGUUAUGCUUGGUGUGGUCUCAGCGGCCAGCCAAUAGGAAGGCUCGAAAUCGGGGCGAGUACUGUCCUUGACCUUGAAAUUAUGAUACUCAUCACUGGCCUGAUUAGCGUAUCAGGCCUUCAUAUCACCGACCAAUUCCUGAAGAGAACUUACGAGAACGAUGACGUCUUCCAACUUCUAGCUUACGACGGUCACGGCUAUGAUUACGACGACGACGAUCAUUAUGACGUCACCAAUGGUGGUGGUGUCGAUAAUGAUGCCAAUGUUCGAGCCGGUGGAAAAAAUUUUGAGAAAUUUUGUGGUAGCUGA